AAAUUGCAAAUUGUUUGGCCAAAUGUUAUUAUAAUGAUUGCAUUACAUAUUGCAACUAUAGUAGGUUAUUGGCAAAUGGUUAAUGGUUCGGCAAAGCGGUUAUCGGGAGUUUUCUUCUUUUUGGUGGCCAUUAUGAGUUCGUUCGGUAUACUGGCCGGCGCUCAUCGACUGUGGUCUCAUCGGGCCUAUCGGGCCAAGUGGCCGUUACGGGCGCUGUUGGCCGCCCUGCAAACAAUGGCCUUACAAAACAGCAUCUACGAGUGGUCGCGCGAUCAUCGGGUACAUCACCGAUACUCGGAAACCGAUGCCGACCCACACAAUGCCAAACGCGGCUUCUUUUUCGCUCACAUGGGUUGGCUGUUGUGCCGCAAACAUCCCGAUGUCCAACAAAAAGGCAAACUUGUCGACAUGUCUGACCUAUGGUCCGACCCAAUCGUACGGUUCCAAAAACAAUACUAUAUACCAUUGGUGGCCAUAUUCUGGUUUGUCAUACCUGUAUCGUUGCCAAUCUACUACCUGGGUGAAACAUGGCAAAACUCAAUAUUGUUAAACUGUUUCCGAUAUGUGCUUAGCCUACAAAAUACAUGGUUAGUCAACUCGUUGGCCCACAUGAAAGGCUAUCAGCCAUACGAUAGGCAUAUCAGUCCCCGAGAAAAUCAUACAGUUACUUAUCUAUCGUUAGGUGAAGGCUAUCAUAAUUAUCAUCACACAUUUCCGUGGGACUACUCGGCCUCGGAGUUGGGCUGGAAGGACAACUUCAAUCCGGCCACUGCUUUCAUAGAUUUUUUUGCAUGGAUUGGUUGGGCCUACGACCGCAAGACACCGUCGCCGACAGUGGUCAACAUGCGAAUGGCCCGAACUGGCGGUUACAGUAGACUACAAUGUCGGCUAUCGUUGAGCUCACUGUCCAUUUUGUUGGACUUUAUAUUAGGUUUACUAUGGAUAACUUGGCCACUAUGGACAGCCAAUUUGCUUAACUAUAUCUUAUAUUAG